AUUCGCUCCCGAACGGUUGUGUUUUAGCGCGCUCUCUGCCUCCGGCUUGAAUUGUCAGUUUUUUUAGAUCUCCCGGUUGUUGUUUUUUCCUGUGAAGUGUGCUGUUUCACGUUUUGUUCCCGGAAGUUUUUCCAGUGCGAUUGUUCGGUUUGUGUCGAAAAAAAAGCGUUCGCCAGGAUCUUCUGAUAAAAAAUUCCAAUCGGAAAGUGUUAGCUAGAAAUUCGAUCCGUGACCUGCCCGAGUGAAACCGUUCGCCCAAGGAAUAAAAGAGUGAUCGACGAGCAUUUAUUGCGAAUUUUUGGUGUUGAUUUUACUGUGCCUCAAGAAUCUAAAUCGGAAGAGAAAACUAACCUUUCCAUCAAAGAUGACUUCCACCAGCUUCACCAUUGGAUUCGGAGACAACUCCAAGAGCUCUAGCAAAGUCCUGAAGCCUCCAGGCGGUGGAAGCAGCGAUCUUUUCGGAGCUGACGGUGCUGAGCCCCAGACCCCACGCAGCAUGAACAAGAACCGAAUGCAGUCCAGCAUCUUUGCCGCCCCGGAAGGGCAGAAGGCCGGAAAUGGAUCGGAAACGCCACGCCGCGCCGCCGCCGGUCAGGACUCGCACAACCGUCUGUUCGGCGAAGUGGACCGCCCGUACACACCGGCCAAGAACCACAUGAAGAGCAAUCUGCCCAUCGGAAGCGACGCCACGGAUUCGGGAAAAUCCAACGGCCACAGCAAUGGCUCCAGCAAGACGUCAUCGUCGAAUGGACAUCAUCAGAAUGGAAACGGCGUCGCUCAUACCAACGGCCAUAGCAGCAAUGGCAGCAACGGUAACACUGCCAAUGGACACAGCAACGGUACUUCCACAUCAUCAGCGCCAUCCCAGAAUGGAUCAUCUCACAUCUUCCUGAGGAGAUUAACGUCGCCCAAGUCGUCGUCAUCGUCCACGAUGUCAUCACCCCGCUCGCCCAGAUUUGCCCAGCGGAAUCCGGUCACCGGCAACGGCGUCGAGGACUACGCCGACAAACCACGCAAGCCGAGCUCGAGGGGAGGUCACGGUGGAGAAAAUGGCAACCCGGUGACCGGUGAGGGUUACAAAUCCGGUGGUGCAGCGGAGAUCAACAUGACCGUCCCAUCGCUGAACGGUGCCGGCCAUGUCAUCAACAAGAAUCGCAUUCCACCCGGUGGUUUCUCGUCCGGGCUGUGGUAAUCUGUAGUAGAUUCCGGCCCAUCACGGAGGGCGGCAUCUGCGCCCUACCGCUCUUUGUAUUUCAUUUCAAGACACACGUAAAAACCACAUUUUGGCCACAGAAUAUAGACAACAACAACAAAAUUAAGAAAAUAAGAUGCCCGACCUAUGAACAAAAAGACGAUCCCGUUCCACACACACACAGUCCGCCAUCAAAACGAGCGAACCAGCUGCCGCCCGAAAGAUUUUUUUUUGAUUUUCCGAUGAUGGUUCAUCGGCUUGGGGAACCAGAGAAAAUAAAACUAUCUGGACAAAUAUUCAAUGCAAAUUAUUUAAAUAAAAACUGAUAGUGAUAGCACUUCAUAUGCAUGUAUGCAAAAGAUUCUGAUAACCAUUAAAAAUAAACGAAAAAAAAAAAUAAUAUAUCUGAUGAAAAGCGAAUUACGAAAACCCAAUUACCCUUUUCUGUGUAGAAUAGAGAGGAACGAUGAAUUUCCAAUUUGUGAAAA